GUCCCCCCACUCCCGCCCCACGAUCCAGGAUGGAGAAGAGCGCCGAGCAGCAAAAGGCCCCCGGCGGGAAGCAACAGCCGGGCGAUCGGGGAGCUUCCGGUGGGACCAUGUCAGAAGUGAUGCUGCCACCUCGAAAUGACCAGAAGCCUCCCCUGAUGGGGAAGGCAGAGGCUCAGCCAGGCCGCCGGACCCCUCCAACCUUCCCCCCAGCAGCCCCACCUCUGCCAGCUGCAGCUGUGACACUGCCAGCUCCAAAUGAACUCCCCAGUGCCAAGAAUCCCACCACACCAGUCUCAGAAGCAAGUUCUGCCUUCCAGAUUUGCCAGCCCAGCCCCCUGGAAGCUGACCCACUUCCAGAAGCAGAAAGCUUGCCCCCUAAGAGUGAUCGCCCCCCACCCAUUGGAGCCCCGAGUCCGCCUCACACGGAGGAGAUGCGUGGCAGUGCCCGCCUGCCACCCAAGAGCGAGCAGCCUCCCCUUGCCCAAAGUUCACCCACUCCCAGGGCAAAACAAGAUUCUCAGAAGGCCCAAGCAAGACACAGGAUGGCCCGAGAACGUCGUGAAGAACGAGCCAAACAUCUGGCUGCCAAGCGGGCAGUGUGGCUGGAGAAGGAAGAGAAGGCCCGCAUGUUGAGGGAAAAACAGCUGGAAGAGCGACGGAGACGGCUGGAAGAGCAGCGAGUGCGAGCAGAGAAGCGGCGAGCCGCCCUGGAAGAACGCCAGCGCCAAAAGAUGGAGAGGAACAAGGAGCUCUACGAAGCCGCCAUCCAGCGCUCCGUGAAGAAAACCUGGGCUGAAAUCCGGCAGCAGCGGUGGUCGUGGGCUGGGGCGCUGCACCAGGGCUCCCCCGUACACAAGGAGGGUGCAAGCAGGUGCUCCCUCUCUGCUGUAAAUCUCCCCAAACAUGUGGACUCUAUAAUCAACAAGCGCCUCUCCAAAUCUUCCGCCACUCUCUGGAACUCACCCAGUAGAAAUCGUAGUUUUCAACUUAGUGCAUGGGAGAGCAGCAUUGUGGACCGGCUGAUGACCCCAACUCUUGCCUUCUUGGCCCGCAGCAGAAGUGCUGUGACGCUAGCCGGCAAUGGCAAGGAGCAAGUCCCCGUGUGCCCCCGCUCAGCUUCUGCCAGCCCUGUAAGCCCCUGCAAAAACCAGCGUGUACACCGUUGUGCGGAGCGACGGCGGCCAGCAACCAGCAGCCCUGAUGUAACGCCCCGGAAUAAGCCUCACUCCUCUCCUCAUCAGAAAAAGAAAGAAAAGAAAGACAAGGAUCGGGAAAACGCCCAAGAAAAGAGUGCCUUAGCCCUCCGCAAACGCUACUCUACGCCUUCUGGCCAGGCACGUCAGCUGCAUGUACCCGAAGGCAGCCCUAGCCCAAAGCCCAAGCCAGCAUUGCCAGCUGUGGCCAAACAGCGCCCAGCCUCGCCAAGCCCAGGACCCAGCACUUCACAUCGGUCAAGCCUGGCUCGCAGUGCUCAGUCUUCACCCAAGAGGCGAGUUCGCAGGGAGCCCGAGGGCCAACCAAAGGCCCGGGAACGCAAGAAUGAACCGAAGGAACAUGGGGCAGCUUCUCCAGCCCCAGAGGAGAGCUUGAAGACAACAGGGAACAGUGAAACACCAGCAGAGAUCACUGCCCCCUCUGGGGCUGCCAGCCCGAUGCCUCCACCUCCUCCCUCAACGCCAGCCAAGCCAAUGGCUGGCACCACAGACCGAGAAGAAGCUGCUAGAUUGCUAUCUGAGAAACGGCGGCAAGCCCGGGAACAGCGGGAGCGGGAGGAACAGGAACGGCGGGAGCAAGAGGAGCGGGAGCGGCGCCAAGCAGAAGAGCGGGCUCAGCAGGAAGCUAGAGACCGCCUGCAGCAGCAGGUUGAGCUGGCUAGGCAGGAGGAGGAGCUGGCCCGCCAGGAGGAGCAGGAAGCCCAGGAACGGGCUCGGGCAGAGCAGGAGGAACAAGAACGGCUUCAGAAGCAGAAAGAGGAAGCCGAGGCUCGGGCCCGGGAAGAGGCUGAACGCCAACGAGUGGAACGAGAAAAACAUUUCCAGAAAGAAGAACAAGAACGGCUGGAGAGGAAGAAGCGCCUGGAAGAGAUCAUGAAACGGACACGAAAAGCCGAAGGAGUUGAUGCCAAGAAGAAAGAGGACAAGAAGAUGGUGAAUGGCAAGGAAGAGAAACAAGAGGAUGGAAUGGGUCCAGAUGGCAAGAAAUACCCUGGAAGCCUCCCCAAGGAAGAAGAGCUGCCUGAGAUGCAACCCUCGAGCCCGGCCAGUCGCAAAGGGCUGAGUCCAGACAGCACGCAGCACAGCUCCCCCAUCAACCCCACCCUGGCCCUGGUGAAUGGCCUGCAGUCCGGCAAGCAUGAGAAUGGCUUCCCCUCUCCCCAGGAGCCUAGUGGACGGGAGCACCCUGCAGGGUCCGGGCUAAGCGUGGCUGAUGAGCCCAUCCUGCCCUUUGCCAACAAGGAGCCCUUCCUCAACAGUGCGGUGGCCAAGGCGCCACAGGUCACAGGUAAGGUAGCUGCCAUCUCCCAGCAAGGAGCAUCUUCUGUCUCCGGUGGAAUGCAGACUCCUAGGAGGGAGGGGCUGCAUUCCGGAGGAGUCAAGAGACAGCUCAGCUCAGAUAUCACGUGUGAGAGAAAGAGGGCGAGGACAGCCCCUCCCUAA